UUUUUUUUUCUUUUUUUUUCUGUACCUCUCUAUGUUGUCAAUAAAGCAUUCCUCUAUCCCUUUGUACCUGAAAAAAAAAGCGAGGGGGGUAAUAAAAAUGUAUGAUUUGUUUGUUAUAUAAAAAGAGAGGGAAAAAAAGCAUCUCUCCCUCUCCUUUAUACACCUCUAUUUACUAAAAUGUGGAUAAGCAAAGCUCGCUGUUGUUUGAUUACCCUGUUAUCUUUAAAUAGCGCUAAUCUAUUUGUGGUCGCAUUACCUCAUAAAAUACAUCAAUUGACCUCCGAAAAUCGAGCGGAUACCAUUAAAUCCGCAUUUAAACACGCUUGGGACGGCUACUCGAAAUAUGCAUUUGGUCACGAUGAACUCAUGCCGAUAUCGAACAAUUUCUCUGAUUCCAGAAAUGGAUGGGGUGCAACCAUAUUUGAUGCACUAGAUACAAUGAUCAUCAUGGGUUUGGAUGAUGAAUAUAACACAGCACUAAAACAUGUAGCCCAAGUAGACUGGACAGUGACAGAUACACCUUCAAAAACAUUUGAAACCUGUAUCCGUUAUUUGGGUGGUCUCAUGUCAGCUUAUGACCUCAGGCCAAAUCUAUUAUUAAUAAGAAAGGCCGUGGAAUUAGUAAAUCAAGUCAUAUUGCCCGCAUUCAAUACCACCAGCGGUAUUCCUUCCUCGUUUGUAGAUGUACCUUCCCAACUACCUAUUAUCUCGGAUACCAUUGUCCUUGCAGAGUUUGCGCUGCAACUGGAAUUUGUCAGAUUAUCUCAGAUCACUGGUGAUCCAACCUAUGAAAUCAUGGCUAAUUCAAUCAUCGAGAAAAUAUCACAGGUAGAUACACCCAUCCCUGGUUUAUACUCCAUCUUUUGGGACCCUCGUACCUUUGAGCCCAGUAGAACUUAUAUCACCAUAUCGGGUGGCGGUGAUAGUUUCUAUGAAUACCUGCUGAAAACGCAUAUACUGAUGGAUGGAGAGAAUACGCAAGAUAUUUUGCAGCUUCAAAUGUGGGAAGACGCUGUUGUGAGUAUGUACUACUCUUUACGUUCUGUAUCUCAACAGGGAGAUGUUUUCCUGUCUGAGGAUUUAGACGGUUAUCAACGUUUAAAAACCGGUGAACUUGUUUGCUUUAUGCCUGGAAAUCUCUUGUUGGGGGCCAAGUAUGUGAAUAGUUUAGAGAUGGCUACGUUUGCUCAAGAGCUUUUGGACUCGUGUUACAAGACAUGGAAGAGAUCACCAACGGGUUUAUCUCCGGAAGCGUGGGGUUGGAUUGAUGAUUUACACUACAAUACAAGUAAUAUCCUUUACACGCCUGACCAAUCCAAACUCUUUGAUCAACUUGGAUUCAUUCCUAAUGAUUUACGUUACAUGUUACGCCCAGAAACAAUAGAAAGUCUAUUUUAUUUUUACAGGUUAACUGGUGAGACUAAAUAUCAGGAUAUGGCGUGGGAAAUUUUCGAGUCGAUUGAAAGGUACUGCAAAACAAGCAGUGGUUACUCAUCCGUGAGUAAUAUCAUUAAUAAUAUCAGUUCGAGCAGAAGCGAUUUUCAAGAAAGCUUCCUUUUUGCAGAGACUUUGAAGUACCUCUAUUUGAUCUUUUCGGACCCUUCCUUGAUCUCGCUUGAUGAAUAUGUGUUCAAUACAGAAGCCCAUCCGUUUAAAUUAAAUAAACCAAUUAAAGUUCAAUUUUAGCGAAAAACCAAGGCUGUUCUCAAGCAAACCUUUUUCCCUUUGAAGUGCGGAGUUGACUUCUAUGAUUUUAUGCAACAA